AAAAUCAAAGAAAGUUGUUUCGCCAGAGAGAGAAGAGAGCGAUUAGAGGAGAGAGAGAGAGAGAUUAGAGCUUGCAUCAGUGGUGGCAUAAGUGCAGAAGAGAAGGCCACACACAACUCGGAGAAUCCCAAAAGAAAAGCGUUUCUCUUAGACUCUUCGUGGAGAUAAGAAGGAUCUGGGUUUUCCGGAGGGACUAUAUGAAGAAGCUGACCAACAGAAUCAUCGGUGCUUAGAUAAGUGAUGUGCUUUCAGAUACUUUGCAAAAAUGUUGGUGGAAAGUUCCUUCAGCUCUUCCCUUGAAUCUAGUCUACUGAACACAUCCGAAUAUCAAGACCCAUUUGCUGCAAAUGAUUGGAUGUCAUCGCUUGCUGAAACUUAUCACAUGAUUCACAAACUUCCCGAACACUCUCAAGUAAGCUUUCUUGAUGCUGUUCCUGAUGCAAUGGAACUUAAUGAAUCAGAAGAACAUCCAAAACUUCAAGUAAGCUGUCCAGAGCAAACGGUUAUGCCUAAGGUACCUGAUAAGGUCUUGGCUACUCUUGUGUAUAGUCGAAGAAAGAGGAGUGUGGUACCUGAGGGAACUGAGGAACAGAACCUAGGAAAAUGCAAGAAACUGGAUGAUUCAUGUGGGGACUCUAUUGUCCCAGUUUAUGACCCUGGAGAAAGCACAAAAAGGCAAAAUCGAUUCAACAACUGUCUUGUCUAUAGCCGAAAGAAAAAGAGAAGCGAAACCAGUAGUGUUACUGUUAUAAGGGCUGAUAGGAUUGAUGAUGCCUUUGUCUCUGGACACAACUGUGGAGAAACCAAGAGAAGAGAUUGUCAAUCAGAUAUUUGUCUUGUGUAUCGCCGCAGAAAGAAAGGUGAAGUAAAAUCUAACAGAUGUGGAUUUAGCGAACAGGUCUCUAGAGGCACCAAGAUAAGCGGUGAUCAAGCUGACUCUUCUGAAUAUAGCCAGAGGGAGCAGAUAGUUAAAGCUGAUGAGGGCUUUACUGGAUCUAACCCUGAAGAAAUCAAGAAUAGUGGUCAUCGACAUCUUUACAGCCAAAUUAAGCCGUUGGUGAAAUCUAAUGGCAGUUUUGCUGAAUGUCACACUUGGGGAACCAAGAGAACUGGUGAUACAUCUAAUGGCUUGCUUAUGUAUAGCCGGAGGAAGCAGAGAGGGAACUCUAUUGGUGCUCAGAUUGAUGGCUUUCUAGUGUAUAGGCGGAAGAAGACCAAAGCAAAUAGUCUUUCUCAUGCUAAAGAAGCGUGCAGAUCUCUGGAACAUAAAUCUAUUGGUGAUCGAGUUAAUGGCCUUCUAGUGUAUACGCGGAAGAAGCCUAAACUAAAUAGUUCUCUGGAAUGUGUCAAUACUCAUGUUACCGAAUUGGCAUCUUCUUCUGAUGGAACAAAUGACAGCUGCUCGUCAGAAUUCAGCUCUGAACUUGUUUCUGGUCCCAGUAAAAAUGGAGAAAAUGAAGCUACAGAUUGCGAUUCCUCAGAUACAGACGGUAGUAUAAGCCCUUUCAGACAGUGCAAACGUUGUGAUAAGGCAGGAACUGUGGAGAAGAUGUUGAUUUGUGAUGAAUGUGAAGAAGCAUAUCAUCCAAGGUGCUGCCGUGUUCGAGUGAAAGAAGCUGCAGAGAUGGAUGACUGGGUCUGUCGAUCCUGUUCGAAAAAGAAGUCAUCAAAGACAAAGAUUAAGAGGAGAUCACGGGAACGGAAAUGGAGAGUUACAGGACCAUUUGUAAUAGGAAUUCGAGUAGGAAAAGAGUUUCAAGCACAUGUUCCAGACUGGUCAGGUCCAACCAUGAGUGAUACUUCUUUUCUUGGUGAACCUUUGGAGAUUGAUGAGUCAGAAUAUUUGCAUGAUCUCAAGAAGAUGAAGAAUGGUAAGAAACCACGUUCUGCAGAAAAUUGGCUCCAAUGCAGAGAGGAGGAUAGGAAUGGAGAUAUAUGCGGAAAGUGGCGUAGGGCUCCUCGCUCAGAGGUACAGACUAACAAGUGGGAAUGCUUCUGCUCCGUCUUUUGGGAUCCAUUGCAUGCUGAUUGUGCCGUCCCUCAGGAACUGGAAACAGACGAGAUCAUGAAACAACUCAAGUACAUCAACAUGCUUAGACCUCGUUCAGACGCCAAAACACGAAAGAUGGGACCAAAGGAUCGAAGCAGAUCACAAAAAUGAAAAUCUCGAUGGACGCAAGCU